AUGGGUCACGUGGAAUCGCCUUUAGGCCGUCAAUACCCUGAUACGCCCGGUCCUGUAAAUGGUCAUUUCGGUACCAUGGAGCAGAUUGAGACACAAGCAAGCGACUUGCGAUUCCUUGCCCAAGUACCGGUUCUAAAUCCAACCUCAAGUCCGUCUCUGGGCCCCGGCUCCGGCGCCGGAAGAGGUGGAACUCCUGCCCGAACCCCCGGAAGUGCCGUGGGAACAUCUGCAGGUGCUGCUAUUGCUUACGAUAAUCAAGCCAGCCCAAGUUCCGCCUCUGUCGGGGACAAUUCCGCCCACGGUGCGAGUGCCCCCAAUAACAAUAAGAGAAAGUCAACAGAUGAUGGCCAAGGCAAUGCUGGGAAACAGACGAGAAGUAAAAGAAACAGACAACGAAUGUGCGGCAACCUUAAUCUCGCCUGCCUUUAUGCCCCCAACUGCUGUUCUGGAAGCUUCAAAGAAUCGGACGAAUUCAAGCAGGUAACAGCACAGCUUGGUCGGCUCCAGGACGAAGUCGGCUGGUUGCACCAAACAGUCAAGACCAUGCAAUCCGAGCCCGCUCGUUUCCCUUCAGUCAGUGACCGAGCAAUGACCCAUAGCCAUGGUGCAUCGACGAUUGCUCCUUCACCCUCUCACAGCUCUGCCUCAUAUAACCGCCAUGACGGUUCAAAGUAUGGUUCUUUCCGAGGCCCUACAAGCAUGGCCUUUAGCUUGGAUGUUGCCAAUAACACCAUCAACAACAUGGGCUACAAGGGUAUCUCUGAUGACGACCAGCAUUUGAACGAAGGGCCGGGUGCCAUGUCCAUGCGCCCAAUGGAUCCCCUCCAUGAAUUUGACAAGGACGAGAUGGUUCGUCUUUGCCGUUUACACGAGGAAGAAAUAGGAAUUAUGUACCCGGUGCUAAACAUUCAAAGUGUUAUAUCCCACGCCAAGGGCAUGGCAACUUUUCUUGAAUCUGUUCGGCAGCAAAACCCCAGGGAACUCAUCAACGACGACAAGACUCUACAACUCAAGAUCAUCAUGUGCUGUGCCCUGGUAGUCGAAGAACAUGGGCAUAGCGACAAGGCAAUCCGGUUGUUCGAUAGUAUGGAAACAGUACUUAACCGAAAACUCAUGGCCGAAGCCGCAGAUGUUGGAACCAUACCGAUACUGGCCCUUGUUGCUGGCUACCGAUUCCUAUCCAACGACGAAGUUCUGGCGUGGCGCGUUAUGGGACAUGUUGCCAGAUUAUGCUUGGAGCUUGGCAUCAAUCAGAGAACAGGCCUGAUGCGGAUUCAGGACGAAGAGGAGCGAAAGAACGCCCUGGUCAGCUUUUGGUCAGCCUAUGUUCUCGAUCGAAGGUGGGCUUUUGCGACUGGCCUUCCUUUCGUCGUUCAAGACGAGGAAAUCGAUACACAGCUUCCGUUCCCUGAAGAGUAUCCAUAUCUCGUCGCCAUGAUCACAUAUUCCCGUAUAGGCGCAAAGGUGUGGCGACAGGUUGCUCAUUUCGGUCCGGUGCUUGCGCGCGACGUGCGGUCCGAGGAGCUAGAAAGUGUCGAUCAAGAGCUGCUACAGUGGUAUGAACAGAUCCCUGAAGAGGUCAAAGUUCGCAACUGGGACAAAGAGAAGCACAUUACGUCAACACCAUCAUAUAACCUCCAACGGUUGCGAAUUUGGACAUAUCUGCGCCUGAAUCAAAUGCGGAUCUGGCUUUAUACCCCUGUCCUACAUAGUGCCACAAGCAUCGUGGCACACCCUGUACAGUCAGAGCGUGUUGUCGACAUUGCCAAAGACACUAUCCGCUAUCUCAGCCAUUUGAACAACACAACAAACCUAUACAGGCGUGUACAGGUCUUCUACCACCAGUUCCUUACGUCAGCUAUCGCCGUCGUCUUCCUUGCUUCCGUUCACGCUCCGGUACGAUUCAGUGCGAAUUGCCGCGAGGAGUUUUAUAUGGCCCUGGAGCUGGUAAAGGAUCUCUCCGCCAAGAGCUGGGCCUCACAGCGGCUGUGGCGGACAAUUCGAUCGCUCAAAGACGUAGCACCCCGAUUUGGGUUGAACCCCGAGGAUGAUCCGCAGUCAACAGCUGCGUUGGGCAUGAUAGGGCUUGCGCGAGGUCACAUGGAUCAACAAACGUUCCGAAAACCCUCAAUACCAGGCCAACAAUCAUCAACAGCGACACCAGAUCCGUUGGCUCAGAACGGAUCCCGUAUCCAGGCCGAGAUGUCUCGCAUGUUUGAAGGGUAUGUGGGCUUGAAUGGCUUUCAAUACAACGAGAACGAUGGGCAAGGACAAGGCCCCAACAAUGAAGUAUCUCAGCCACCGAAUGGCAUGUUUGGAAUCGACAACACAGUCUUUCCACAAUUUAAGGAGAUGUAUUAG